UGGCGGAACGAUGGGAUGGGGUUGCCACAGCAACCAGACUGGACGUCACAAUCCGGGCAUGUGUGCCGCCCCCCCGCCGUGCCGCCGUGCCGCGGGCGCUGCCGCCGCCACCCUCGGCCGGCUGCGGGACUCGCGCUGCGGGGCGCGGUGGGCGGAGCGGCCCGGGCUUGGCGGGUGCGGGCAGAGGCGGCCGAGAGCUUGAGGGGUCGACACGGGGGGGUGGAGGUUUUGGGGGGCGGGGGGGCCGGCGGCCGCCAUCUUCUCGCCGAGACCGCCUCGCCCGCCGCGCGGGUCCGUCCGGCAGCUCACGGGUUAAGGCUGGCACCGCGCCCGGCGGGAGGGGGGCGCCCACCUCCCCUCCCCCCCGCACUGGGCAUGCGGGGCCCGCUGGGCACCGAGGAGGAGCUGCCGCGGCUGUUCGCGGAGGAGAUGGAGAACGAGGAGGAGAUGUCAGAAGAAGACGACGGUGGCCUUGAAGGCUUCGAGGAUUUCUUCCCUGCAGAGCCCGUGAGCCUUCCCAAGAAGAAGCCCAAGAAGCUGAAAGAGAACAAGUCCAAAGUGAAGCGGAAGAAGGAGGAGGGGAGCAACGAUGAGCUGUCAGAAAAUGAGGAGGAUCUGGAAGAGAAGUCGGAGAGCGAAGGCAGCGAUUACUCCCCCACCAAGAAGAAGAAAAAGAAACUGAAGGAGAAGAAGGAGAAGAAAGCCAAGCGGAAAAAGAGAGAUGAAGAUGAGGAUGAUAAUGACGAUGGAUGCUUGAAGGAGCCCAAGUCCUCGGGACAGCUCAUGGCUGAGUGGGGCCUUGAUGAUGUCGACUACCUGUUUUCAGAGGAAGACUACCACACACUGACCAACUACAAGGCUUUCAGCCAGUUCCUCCGGCCGCUCAUUGCCAAGAAGAACCCGAAGAUCCCCAUGUCCAAAAUGAUGACCGUCCUGGGGGCCAAGUGGCGAGAAUUCAGCGCCAACAACCCGUUUAAGGGUAGCUCGGCGGCGGCGGCUGCGGCGGCUGUGGCUGCCGCCGUGGAGACUGUCUCCAUUGCUACUCCGUUGGCCAUCAGUCCCCAGCAGGUGCCCCAACCUCUGCCCAUCCGCAAGGCCAAGACCAAAGAGGGCAAAGGGCCUGGAGUGAGGAAGAAGAGCAAAGGCACCAAAGACUCCAAGAAAAAGGGGAGGGGCAAGCGCGUGGCGGCGGCGGGGCUCAAGUUCCGCUUUGGAGGGGUCAGCAAGAGGAAGAAGAGCUCCUCGAGCGAGGAGGAUGAGCGUGAGGAAUCAGAUUUGGACAACGCUAGCAUCCACAGCUCUUCGGUGCGCUCCGAGUGCUCUGCAGCUCUGGGCAAGAAGAGCAAGAGGAGGCGCAAGAAGAGGAGGAUUGAUGAUGGCGACGGCUAUGAGACAGACCACCAGGACUACUGUGAAGUGUGCCAGCAGGGCGGCGAGAUCAUUCUGUGCGACACGUGCCCGAGGGCCUACCACCUGGUCUGCCUGGACCCGGAGCUGGAGAAGGCUCCGGAGGGCAAGUGGAGCUGCCCUCACUGCGAGAAGGAGGGGAUCCAAUGGGAGCCGAAGGACGACGAAGAGGAAGAGGAGGAGGGUGGCUGUGAGGAGGAGGAGGACGAUCACAUGGAGUUCUGCCGCGUGUGCAAGGACGGUGGCGAGCUCCUGUGCUGCGAUGCCUGCCCCUCCUCCUACCAUCUGCACUGCCUCAACCCGCCGCUGCCCGAGAUCCCGAACGGUGAAUGGCUCUGCCCGCGCUGUACUUGUCCCCCACUGAAGGGCAAAGUUCAGCGGAUCCUACACUGGAGGUGGACCGAACCCCCAGCUCCCUUUAUGGUGGGGCUGCCAGGACCAGAGGCGGAGCCAGGCAUGCGCCCACCCAAGCCUCUGGAGGGCAUCCCUGAGAGGGAAUUCUUUGUCAAGUGGGCUGGGCUCUCUUACUGGCACUGUUCCUGGGUGAAGGAGCUACAGCUGGAGCUGUACCACACCGUGAUGUAUCGCAACUACCAAAGAAAGAAUGAUAUGGACGAACCGCCACCCUUCGAUUACGGCUCUGGUGAUGAGGACGGUAAGAGCGAGAAGCGGAAGAACAAAGACCCUCUCUACGCCAAGAUGGAGGAGCGCUUCUACCGCUACGGCAUCAAGCCGGAAUGGAUGAUGGUCCAUCGUAUCCUGAACCAUAGCUUUGACAAGAAGGGGGACGUGCAUUACCUGAUCAAGUGGAAGGACUUACCCUAUGACCAGUGCACCUGGGAGAUUGACGACAUCGACAUCCCCUACUACGACAAUCUGAAGCAGGCCUACUGGGGCCACAGGGAGUUGAUGCUGGGAGAGGAUGCCAGGCUUCCCAAGAGGCUGGUCAAGAAGGGCAAGAAGCUGAAGGAUGACAAACAAGAGAAGCCACCGGACACGCCCGUCGUGGAUCCCACAGUCAAGUUCGACAAGCAGCCGUGGUACAUCGACUCCACCGGAGGGACGCUGCACCCUUACCAGCUAGAGGGACUCAACUGGUUACGUUUCUCCUGGGCCCAGGGGACUGACACUAUCCUGGCUGACGAGAUGGGUUUGGGCAAGACGGUGCAGACCAUUGUGUUUCUCUAUUCCCUGUACAAGGAGGGCCACUCCAAGGGGCCUUACCUGGUUAGCGCGCCCCUGUCCACCAUCAUCAACUGGGAACGCGAGUUUGAGAUGUGGGCGCCUGACUUUUACGUGGUCACCUACACGGGGGACAAGGAGAGCCGCUCUGUGAUCCGGGAGAACGAGUUUUCCUUUGAGGACAACGCCAUUCGGGGUGGGAAGAAAGUAUUCCGCAUGAAGAAGGAAGUGCAGGUCAAAUUCCAUGUGCUGCUCACCUCCUAUGAGCUCAUCACCAUUGACCAAGCCAUCCUGGGCUCCAUUGAGUGGGCCUGCCUCGUGGUGGACGAGGCCCACCGGCUCAAGAACAACCAGUCCAAGUUCUUUAGGGUCUUGAAUAGCUACAAGAUCGACUACAAGCUGCUGCUGACAGGAACCCCCCUCCAGAACAACCUGGAAGAGCUAUUCCAUCUCCUCAACUUCCUGACUCCAGAGAGGUUCAACAAUCUGGAAGGCUUCCUGGAGGAGUUUGCUGACAUCUCCAAAGAAGAUCAGAUCAAAAAACUGCAUGACUUGCUGGGGCCGCACAUGCUCCGGAGGCUCAAGGCCGACGUGUUCAAGAACAUGCCGGCCAAGACAGAGCUGAUCGUCCGCGUGGAGCUGAGCCAGAUGCAGAAGAAGUACUACAAGUUCAUCCUCACACGGAACUUCGAGGCACUCAACUCCAAGGGGGGCGGCAACCAGGUGUCUCUGCUCAACAUCAUGAUGGACCUGAAGAAAUGCUGCAACCACCCGUACCUCUUCCCUGUGGCCGCCGUGGAGGCUCCUGUACUACCCAAUGGCUCCUACGAUGGCAGCUCCCUGGUCAAGUCUUCGGGGAAACUCAUGUUGCUGCAGAAGAUGCUCAAGAAGCUGCGGGAUGAAGGACAUCGAGUGCUGAUCUUCUCCCAGAUGACCAAGAUGCUGGACCUCUUGGAGGACUUCCUGGAGUACGAGGGCUACAAGUAUGAGCGGAUCGAUGGGGGCAUCACCGGGGGCCUCCGGCAAGAGGCCAUCGACAGAUUCAACGCUCCUGGGGCUCAGCAGUUCUGUUUCUUGCUCUCGACGCGCGCUGGUGGCCUGGGCAUCAAUCUGGCCACAGCGGACACAGUCAUCAUCUACGACUCGGACUGGAACCCACACAACGACAUCCAGGCCUUUAGCCGUGCUCACCGCAUCGGGCAGAACAAGAAGGUGAUGAUAUACCGCUUUGUGACUCGGGCCUCGGUGGAGGAACGCAUCACUCAGGUGGCCAAGCGCAAGAUGAUGCUCACACACCUGGUGGUGCGGCCUGGCCUGGGCUCCAAGUCAGGCUCAAUGACCAAGCAGGAGCUGGAUGACAUCCUUAAGUUUGGCACGGAGGAGCUCUUCAAGGAUGAUGUGGAGGGCAUGAUGUCCCAGGGCCAGAGGCCUGCCACACCCAUCCCUGAUGUACAGUCCUCCAAAGGCGGAUCUCUGGCUGCCGGUGCAAAGAAAAAGCAUGGCAGCACCCCACCAGGUGACAACAAAGACGUGGAAGACAGCAGCGUGAUCCACUAUGACGACGCGGCCAUAUCCAAGCUGCUGGAUCGGAACCAGGAUGCCACAGAUGACACGGAGCUACAGAACAUGAAUGAGUACCUGAGCUCCUUCAAGGUGGCACAGUACGUGGUCCGUGAGGAAGAUGGCGUGGAGGAGGUGGAGCGGGAGGUGAUUAAGCAGGAGGAGAAUGUGGACCCCGACUACUGGGAGAAGCUCCUGCGUCACCACUACGAGCAGCAGCAGGAGGACUUGGCCCGCAACCUGGGCAAGGGCAAGCGCAUCCGCAAGCAAGUCAACUACAACGACGCCUCACAGGAGGACCAGGAGUGGCAGGAUGAGCUCUCGGACAACCAGUCUGAGUAUUCCAUCGGCUCUGAGGAUGAGGACGAGGACUUUGAGGAGAGACCGGAAGGGCAGAGUGGACGACGACAGUCUAGGAGGCAGCUGAAGAGUGACAGGGACAAGCCCCUGCCGCCUCUUCUGGCUCGAGUUGGGGGCAAUAUUGAGGUGCUGGGCUUCAAUGCCAGGCAGAGGAAGGCUUUUCUGAAUGCCAUCAUGCGCUGGGGCAUGCCCCCCCAGGACGCCUUCAACUCCCACUGGCUGGUGCGGGACCUUCGUGGGAAGACUGAGAAGGACUUUCGAGCCUAUGUGUCCCUCUUCAUGCGGCACCUGUGUGAGCCGGGGGCAGACGGCGCAGAGACCUUCGCAGAUGGUGUGCCCCGGGAGGGCCUUUCCAGGCAGCAUGUGCUCACGCGUAUCGGGGUCAUGUCGCUGGUUAGGAAGAAGGUUCAGGAGUUUGAGCACGUCAACGGGAAGUAUAGCACCCCAGACCUGGUCCCUGAGGGGCCCGAGGGCAAGAAGCCUUGUGAGGUGAUCUCCUCGGAUCCCAACACACCCGUGCCUGCCAGCCCUGCACAGCUCCCACCAGCCCCCCUGGGCCUGACAGAUAAAAUGGAAGCUCACCUGGGCUACAUGGAUGAAAAGGAGUCAGGUGUCCCGAAGCCAAAGAAGCCCCAGGAAAUCCAGGCCCUGCCAAUUGCCCUGGACAGAGCAGAGGGUGAAGACAAGCAUCAGAACUCAGACAGCAAGGACAGAGCUCGGGAAGAGAGGAUGGAGGAGGUGGAGAAGGCCCAGGGCUCUCCAGAGCAUCCACUGAAAGAGGAAGUGCUGUCAGACAAGGAGCCCAUCCCGGACAAGCUGGAGCCUAGCCCGAGUCACAGCGGCGAUUUCAGGCCAGAUGACUCCAAGGCUGAGGAGAAGGAGCCCAUGGAGACACAGCAAAAUGGAGACAGAGAGGAAGAUGAGGAGGGGAAGAAAGAAGACAAGAAUGGGAAAUUCAAAUUCAUGUUCAACAUUGCAGACGGAGGCUUCACAGAGCUGCACACACUGUGGCAGAAUGAGGAACGGGCCGCCGUGUCCUCGGGAAAAAUCUACGAAAUCUGGCACCGACGCCACGAUUACUGGCUGCUGGCAGGCAUCGUGACGCAUGGCUAUGCCCGCUGGCAGGACAUUCAGAAUGACCCACGCUACACGAUCCUCAAUGAGCCCUUUAAAUCUGAGAUCCACAAGGGCAACUAUUUGGAAAUGAAGAACAAGUUUUUGGCCCGCAGAUUCAAGCUGCUGGAGCAGGCACUGGUGAUCGAGGAACAGCUCCGGAGGGCUGCGUACCUCAACAUGACCCAGGAUCCCAACCACCCAGCCAUGGCUCUCAAUGCUCGCCUGGCAGAGGUGGAAUGCCUUGCCGAGAGUCACCAGCACCUAUCCAAGGAGUCCCUUGCUGGGAAUAAGCCUGCCAAUGCUGUCCUGCACAAGGUCCUGAACCAGCUGGAGGAACUGCUCAGUGACAUGAAGGCGGAUGUGACGCGCCUGCCCUCCAUGUUGUCACGCAUCCCCCCGGUGGCGGCCCGUCUGCAGAUGUCCGAGCGAAGCAUCCUGAGUCGCCUCACCAACCGUGCCGGUGACCCCACCAUCCAGCAGGGCGCUUUCGGCUCCUCCCAGAUGCACAACAACAGCUUUGGGCCUAACUUCCGGGGCCCUGGACCGGGAGGGAUUGUCAACUACAACCAGAUGCCCCUGGGGCCCUAUGUGACUGACAUCUAGUCGCCCUCGUGACAUCCCCCUGUUGCAGCGCUCCUCUCCAGCUGAGCCGGGCCACCUGCCCAACCCCCACGGGAGAGAAAAACUACAGCCCUUUUAGGAGUUGGUGCCGUGUUGGGACACAAAAGAGA